AAAAAUUCUGUGCCUUUUUUUUUGUUCUUUUCUUUUUUUACUCAUGUAUAAUACACCUAAAAGGUUUCCACCCGUCUGUAGAUUCUAUUCACAAGGCACAUGUAGAGCAGGUCAAAACUGUAAUUUUGCUCAUGUAUUGCCUUUUGGAGAUAAAGCAAACGGGAAUAGUUCUGACAAGGAUCCUUAUUCGAUUCAAAAAGCAAUUCGAGAUUUGGAAGUAGAGCAAGUUGAAAAAAAGUAUAAAGCCAAUAUAAAAAAGACAACGUAAAGCAUACCAAAGAAAGAAUGGGGAGAAUAAAUCAACAGAAAAAUGCUGAUAUGUGAAAGAAUAGAAAUUAUCAAAAUCAUACGUCAAUUGAACUUGCUUUGCCUUUAGAAAGUGAUAAACAAAUAGAGGUUCACUUGGUCAUACCUUAUAACUAUCCUGAUUUACAAUGUACACUUCAAAUAUACAACUUAGACUUGAUGCCUGAAAUACAAAGCAAAAUACAGACAGCAUUUGAAGAUGACGAGUGGCACCAAAUGAAGCAUAAGACCUUGAUUCAACAGCUGGACUGUGCGGCUGAUAAAUUUUUUGAUGUAGUAUACGAAUUUAUGAAGUAUCAUCAUAAUUACACUUCGAGCUUUGUGAUCUUGGUUGUGGAAGAUUUCUUUCGUCGUCCUCUUUCAGAUACUGAGCGCCGGCGUUUCCUAUUUGAAUGCCCUAAGAACACCAUUCGUUCCUACGAUCCACCUGAACUCAAUAAGGUUAACCUGUCAGGUCCCGCUCGUCGCUUCGACAUUCAAUUGCAUGAUAUCCAGUAUCGUCUCUCUGGUCUUACUCGACCUAUUGACUGGUUCGCCUAUCAAUUGGUUUACAGUCAGUGGGAUCUGGACACUACUCGUCAACGAUCUUUGGAGUUUGUCAAGGUUAUUCACGAGCUUCUGUCCAAUUUGGCGUCGCACAUCACCAAGCAACGUGCUUCUAACAUGUUCCGGGGUAUUUCUGCUUCUUGUGACCCUCCUUCCGACGAGCCUCAGAACUAUCUUUUGGACCCCAAAGAUAUGGUGGACCACAUCAAACUGGCUCAAGCAGUACAAGCCUCUACACGUAGACGCUCCAGCCUCGACCUAAUCGCGUCAUCUCGCCCCAAUCAUCUUUAA